AUGUUACCAAAAUUAGUCCACAUCAUGCGCCGCUCACUCUUUGGAAGGAAGCUUAUGACCACUGCGUCAUUGGUUGGGGACCUCUGCUCCUUGCGGAGCCUGGAGCAACGUUGCCGGCAAUGUUCCGGCACUGUACUUGCAGAGGCGCUUGCCGAUUUUGAGGAGCCACAACAAGGUGCUACUUCAGCAAUAGAACAGCAGCAGGACAAAAGCGGCACAAGUCCUGCGACUGCUACCUCGGCCCAAGCAUUCCUCGAUGCCCAGCCCACAAAUAAGCCUCCAGCUUCAACAGUGGGACUCAAACCUGCCCCGAAAGGUCUCGGGCUGGGUCUCGGAGGGUCCGAUUUACUCGGUCGACGGUUAAAAAAAACCGUCGGCGGUACCGCGGACUCCGCAGCCCACCCCUCUCUUCCCCAAAAUGCCGAGCAAGGAGACGAUGUUGGUGAUGAAGAAGGCGCUUCAGGAGUGGCCAAGCCUACACGCAAACUUCCGGCGGAAGCGCAGCGCCUUGCGGAUGACCUGAUGAGUCUCCUGCAAGAGGCUGGCUUGGAAUUAGGCGAGGAUGACCCCUUCGCGCAGCUCUUUGGCCGUAUACUGGGCGGUCUCGUGCCGCCAGAUGGCGGCGCCCCCGGCGGCGGCGACGACGGCGCGCCGCCACCGCCGCCUCCGGAGUUCGCGGCGAUGCUGCAGCAAAUGAUGGGCAUGCAGGGGCUUGCAGCCGGGACAGAGGCCCGACCGGCCGGACCAGCAGUGGGCCACGGCGGGGCCCCCGGUGCCGGGCCACCUUCGAACUCCGCCAUGGCGGCGGACGACGAUGAUGACGACGCGCUGGCCUCGUCGCGCCUGGCGGGACUUGCCCACCAGACACGCAGGACGGUGUCUCAGCAGGCCAAGAAGACGCGAGGUCAUGUAGAAGGCGGCGCGGGGACCAGGGCAGCCGGGGGCGGCACGGGGGGCCUGCCCUUUGGCAUAGGUUCAGGCGGCGGUGCCGGCGGCGGCGGGCUGGCGUCAAUGCUCCGGGAGCUUGGCGGGCUGGGAUUGCCCGGUGGUGGUGGCGGUGACGGCGAGGGAGCAGCGCCGGCAGGGGUCGGCGUGAUGGUCGACUACAUCAUGCAGCACCUGCUAAGCAAGGACGUGUUGUAUGGACCGCUGAAGGAAAUUCGCGACCGCUACCCGCCGUGGCUGGAGGCCCACCAAGGUAUGCUUCCGGCCGAGGACUACCGGCGCUACGUGGCGCAGUACGAGUCGGUGCAACGAGUGUGUGCGCACUACGAGACGUCGCCAUCCGACUUCGCCAAGCUGAUGGAUUUGAUCCAGGAGAUGCAAACCUACGGGGAUCCGCCGGGUGACAUCGUGGAAGAGAUGACGGGGGGUGCUGGUCGCGACAUUAACGCUAUCCUGGCUGGCGCUGAAGCGGGAGGGGAAGCCGCGGAGCAGCACCCCGCGCUAGAGGAGCUGUCGAGCGAGCUUGACAAAUGCGGCCAAGUGCAGUUCACAACAGCUCAACAGGCCUUGCCGGAUGCCCAUGGGUAUCGCAAUAAAGCCCUGAAGCAGCCAAUUGCGCAGGAGCGUCGUUUCCGCAACCAUGUGCCUGCACCACUUAUGCGUGAGCACGACCUCCCCAAGAACUUCAACUGGUGCAACUUAGACGGAACUAACUACUGCACAGCAAAUUGGAACCAACACAUCCCAUAUUAUUGCGGCGGCUGCUGGGUGCAUGGUUCACUCUCCAUGAUUCAGGACAGGCUCAAAAUCAAGAAGAGGGCCAAAAGCCCCGAUGUGAUGCUGUCCCGCCAGACCCUCCUCAACUGCGCCGCAUUUGAAGGCUAUGGCCACGGUUGCGAUGGCGGCGACACUGUGGACGUCUUCUCUUACAUGGCUGAGUUUGGCCUACCUGACGAGGGCUGCAUGACCUACAACGCCACCGACCACACCAAGUUCCCCGGAGUGAGCCACUGCCCGGUGGAGGGGCAGUGCCUCAACUGCAUGCCCAUCAACGGAGUGGACACGUGCUGGCCCAUCGAGCGACCCGUGAAGUACUACCUGAAUGCCUGGGGCAACUUGGACAAAUCUGUGGAGGCCAUGAUGUCGGAGAUCUACCACCGUGGCCCCAUCACUUGCGGCAUCGCCUGUCCUGACGACUUCACCUGGCACUACAAGGGCGGCAUCUAUAAGGAUACCUCGGGGGACACGGAGCUGGAUCACGACGUGGAGGUGGUUGGCUGGGGCGUCGAGGACGGUGUCAAGUACUGGGUUGUGCGGAACAGCUGGGGCACGUACUGGGGCGAGAUGGGCUUCUUCCGGGUGGAGCGGGGAGUCAACGCGCUUCAGAUUGAGAGUGGCGACUGCUGGUAUGCUGAUCCCGAGUGGACCAUGGAGAAGGAUGUGGACAGCGGCAGGCUGCACGGCUCUAUGUGGGGCAUCCGGGACAAGAACGACCCCGACAUGGCGGAAGCGUCGUCGCUGCAGGCUGCAAGCAAGGGGACAGCGGCGCAUGAGGAGCAGGCACAGAUCAUGGUUGCGCGCAGAUUGCUGCAUUGAAGGGGAACGCAGGAAUGUUGCAGUGUUCUUUCCCACCACGAGCAGGGUGUGAUGGAUAUGCGGCUGUGAUGUCCUAAGAGCCUUGGUCUCGAAAUGCAAGCAGGUAUAUGGCAUCUGUGGCCAGAGGCCGCAAUUGCGGCAUAGCGGGCGGCAAAUUUGUUUUUUGUUGGAUGGAACCCAGGUUUUUCGCUGGGAGUAACCUGCAACGACUUGCUUUUCGCGGGCGUCAUGCUCUGGCACGGCUUGUAGUGCUGCCAGUAUAUGUCCUUUCGAAUCUUGACGGUGACUAUACGCCUCACCUAUUGACAACUGCACUUGUUAUAUAGUUGAGCGAAAUUUGUGCUGUCCUAUCUAUCCCUGCUGACAUGAGGCCACUUUGCUUGUACAGGCAAGGGAUAGUCUUUCGCUGUUUUUAGGAUUCUACCCAGGUAUAACUCCAUUAUUUUGAGAGAUGAAAACGAGGUUGGAAGAUUAAUCGGUUUUGUUUUUACAUUCUAACUGUACAUAUACUAACAGCCGUGUCAGGGUGUUUCUUGCUAUCGAUGCCAGACUGCACCGGGUGUGUGUGCUGCAGGGACGUAAAAGUGG